UUAAUAGGAGGGGUAAGUGUACACUACUUAGCUUGUUUUUAAAACAUGUCCCAAAUAGCUUGUAAUUUAACCAUGUGCUUUUAUGUUACAAAUGAAAAUCAGUCAUCUAAAAGGAAGAAGGUGGAGAAGCCAAAAUCUAAGAAUGUCCAACCUACAAAGAACAUGGAACAAGGACAAGGGUUGAAUAAGAGUUUGAGAGGUUCUGCCAAGAGUUGUACUCCAAUAGUAGAAGCCCGCAUCCUGAAUUCGCUCUCUAAAGCUUGUACUUUUCUUCACAACCGUGUAAGCGAGUUGCUUAGGGGUAGAUCUAUUGAAGUGAUUUUACCUAAGGCAUUGUUCCACUAUGAUGAGGAUGGGAUCGCACCAAUUACAAAAGAGGAUGUGAAGGAAUUUCUAUCUGGUGCCAUGCUUAACAUUUCCAUCAUUCAAGCUUUCAUGAGGGCACUAUAGGAGCACCUUAGUUGCUUAUGCGGUUCCGAGGCUGCGGUUGGGUGGUUUUGCCCCGAGCAGACCUCGAUUACCAGAUGCUUAUGCAACCCUUGUGAUGUGGAAGAUUACCUAGAACGGAGUAUUAAGCAAUCAACGCGUGCGGGGGAUAAGUUCAUAUUAGCCCCAUGUUUUGAGGAGUACGUCUACAAAUGUCAUAAUUCAGUUGUUAUUUUUUUUAUAAAAUUCUGAAAAUGUAGUUAACUGUGGCAUAUAUAUGUUGACGUUUUUGAAAUAUAUGCAGUGCUCAUUGGACCCUUUUGGUGAUUUGUGUUUCCAAAAAUACAAUCUACCACUUUGAUUCACUUUGUCGGAAUCCACCACGGAGGUUGCAAGUGAAUAAUAUAUUGAAUAGGUACAUAUUA